UGCUAGUCUAUUUUCUGAAAUUAGACGAAUUCACGUUUAACGGUGACAGAUAAUACUGACAACAAUUAUUUUCAAAUUUCAAAAGUUACUGAAUAAUUGCGCACACUGACUGAUUCAAUUAAUUUCAGUUAGCAAAAUAUAAUUAGGCAGUGCCAUAACAGUCAAUUUAAUCAUCCAUCACCCUGGUGUAGGCGUUAUGAUUGUUCAUUACAGUUGCAUUCCCUUGAAAUGUAAUGAAAACGGCUUUUCUUCCCCGCGCUGAACAGUAGUACAUGUAGGCAGGAUCAAGUAUUUGAGAAGGGCUCUUGAUUGUCGUGAGAUCAUUCGUCGUCUGUCCAGUGGCUGCAAUUGGUCGCAUGAACGUUUUUUUCCCGCGGACUCGAGACUGAAGGAUGAAAUGAGGUGCAGAGCUGAAGAGCUGAGGGAAUGGGCGAAUAAAGACAGACGAAGCACGCACACCGAGAGCGCCGUGAGCCAUCUGAGAUCUGACUGACGCUGCGAGAAGAUACGAGUGAAGUCUGACCAUCACGAGACGCGGGAAUUCGGAUCACAUUUCGAUCAAGCGGAUUUCACUAAAGCGAAUGGUGUGAAAGGUGCAGGGCAAGCAUCACUCACACGGCUAUAAGGAUGCGGGUGUCGGGAUCGAGGAUUAAGCUGUGGUGUCUGCUUAUCUCGCUGGCACUGAUUCAGUUUCUCGCCCCUGUUUCGGCUCAAGUUCCAGGUCCGAGAAGACUUCGAUUUAAAGUCCUGAGUGAAGGCAGGCUACUUGUCUCAUGGAAGGAACCAAAAGGAGAAUAUGAAGGCUACAAAUUUACAUAUAAUAGUGAACCAGGUGGGGAAACAACCGAGUUGCAAAUUGCAAAGGGAGAGAAUAAAGCAAUAAUAAAGGAUUUUAAUCCCAGGAAGGAGUAUUCAGUCAAGGUUAUAGCUGUGAGUGGAAACCUGCGCAGCCGAGCACUUCAGGGAAAAUAUACUGCAGAAGACCAGAGCAGUGAUAGAGACACCACUCAACCUCAAAGACAGAAAGAACCAGGACCUGUGGAUGAGGGCAAUGAGAUCUCAGGAGCGGAUCAGUUUGUCUGCACAACAUCUGCCAUUGCGGAUAUUGUCAUCCUGGUCGAUGGAUCUUGGAGUAUCGGGCGAAUCAAUUUCCAUUUGGUUCGCGUGUUUCUUGAAAACCUGGUCAAUGCCUUCGAUGUGGGAAUAGACAAAACCCGGAUUGGACUGGCCCAGUACAGUGGCGAUCCACGGAUUGAGUGGCACUUGAAUGGCUUCAGUACAAAAGAUGCAGUAAUAGAUGCUGUCAAAAACCUGCCGUACAAGGGAGGCAACACUCUCACAGGUCUUGCUCUUACCUACAUCCUGGAGAACAGCUUCAAACCCGAGUCUGGGGCUCGUAGCGAUGUUCCCAAAAUUGGAAUUCUGAUAACUGACGGCAAAUCCCAGGAUGAUGUUAUCCCACCUGCUCAGACCCUGAGAAGUGCUGGAGUGGAGUUAUUUGCCAUUGGUGUGAAGAAUGCUGAUGAGAACGAGCUGAAGGCCAUCGCCUCUGAACCAGAGGAAACACACGUUUAUAAUGUGGCAGACUUCAGUAUCAUGAGCACUAUUGUAGCAGGUUUGACCAAAAAGGUGUGCGAUGGAGUGGAACAACAAGACAAAGAUAUUAAACGAGAUUCUCCCACUGAAGAGACGCCAUCUCCGCCCCAGGACUUGGUCACUUCUGAGGUGACCGCUCACAGUUUCCGUGUCUCUUGGACUCAUGCGUCUGGCAGUGUGGAAAAAUAUCGGGUUGUUUACCAACCAAUUGGAGCAGAUGUUCUGGACGAGAUUGUGGUGGGCGGCACGGAGAAUUCAGUCGUCCUGCAGAAUUUGAACUCUCUGACUGAAUACGAGAUUGCUGUGUUUGCUGUGUACCGCAGCGCAGCGAGUGACGCUCUGAGAGGCAGCGAGAUCACACUUGCUCUACCCACAGUGAGUGAUCUCGAGGUGUACGAUGUGACAGACAACAGCAUGAGAGCCCGCUGGAGGGAUGCAGAAGGGGCUUCUGGGUACAUGAUCCUUUACGCUCCACUGAGCAGUGAGACUACAGAUGAAAGAGAGCUAACGGUGGACGAGUCGGUGACUGAUGUGGGACUGACUGGAAUGAUUCCUGACACAGAGUACACCGUUACGGUCUAUGCCAUGUUCAGAGAGGAGACCAGUGAUCCCGUUACUGUUCAGGAGACCACCAUGUCCCUGAGACCUCCACGUAACCUGCGGGUCACUGAAGUUGACCACAGCUCAGUGCGGCUCAACUGGGACGCAGUGUCCAGGAAGGUUAAGGGCUACCGUGUCGUGUAUAUGAAGACAGAUGGUGUUCAGACCAGUCAGGUGGAUUUGGUUCCAGUCACCAAUGUGUACCUGAAGAACCUGUCACCCUUAACAGAGUACACCGUGGAAGUUUUUGCUCUUUACGAUGCUGGCCAAUCAGAGGCGCUGAGUGGUAGAUUCAAUACAAAGCUUGUGCCAGCCCCAUUCAGACUGAUGACAUCAGAGGUGACCUCAGAGAGUUUCCGGGUCAGCUGGUCACAUCCUGCCAGAGAUGUGGUGCUCUAUAAGAUGGCCUGGUCACCCACCGAAGGAGGACAAGAGAUGGAGAUCAUGCUGAAUAGUGCUGAGGACUCAUAUGUGAUUCAAGACCUGAGUCCUUUUACAGAGUAUAAGGUGUCACUCUCAGCCAUCUAUAAAGACGAAAUGGAGAGCAGCCCUGCGCUUGUGCUUGAGAAAACAUUGGACUGGACCACAGAAGCUCCCACCACUUUUCCCUCAACUACAGCAUUUGUUCGUUUGGGAGUGAGUAACCUGUGGGUGGAUGAGGAGACACCUUUCAGUUUGCAAGUGAACUGGGAGGUGCUGGACUCAGACGUGGAGCAGUACAAAGUGACAUAUGUCAGUGCAGACCGCACAGAAGAGACAGUGUUAGUCUCGGGAAACAGAAGAAGCGUGAUCCUGCAACCUCUCCUCUCAGACACAAGGUACAAGAUCACAGUGACCCCUAUCUAUGCAGAUGGAGAGUCCACAGCUCUGUCUAAGGUCUCUACCGGCAAAACAUUGCCACUCUCUGGACCCAGUAACCUCAGAGUCUCUGAUGAAUGGUAUAAUCACCUCCGCAUCAGCUGGGAUGGCCCUCAGUUCCCCACUUUAGGUUACAGAGUCAUCUAUCAGCCCAUUUCUGUGUCAGGUCCGGCUCUAGAGACGUUUGUAGGGGAUGAUGUGAACACCCUGCUGAUCCUCAAUCUGUUGAGUGACACGGAGUACAGCGUUCAGGUCAUCGCCUCCUACACCACCGGCUCCAGCCAACCCCUCACCGGCAAGGGCAAAACACUGUUCCUGGGGGUGAAGAAUCUCAGCACGUACAAGGUGCUCAGUAGCAGCCUGUGUGCCCAGUGGCAGCCUCACCGUCACGCCAGCGUCUACAGAGUCGUCAUCGAGUCACUGCUCAACGGACAGAAACAGGAAGUGAGGGUCGAUGGCGGUGAAUCCAGAGAGUGCUUCUUCAAUCUUACCCCCAACACCCAGUACAAGAUCAGCGUCUACACUCUCUUAAUGGACACAGAAGGUUCUGUUGUCACCACCAUGGCAACAACCGCUCCAGCACCCACCCAGCCACCGACCGCACCACCCACCACCAUCCCUCCUCCCACCAUCCCCCCAGCCAAAGAAGUUUGCAAGGCAGCCAAGGCAGACCUUGCCUUCCUUGUAGAUGGCUCCUGGAGUAUCGGAGAUGACAACUUUCAGAAGAUUAUCCGAUUCCUGUACAGCACAACUGGUGCACUUGACGUGAUUGGCCCCGAGGGAACACAGGUGGCCAUUGUUCAGUUCAGUGAUGACGCCAGAACCGAGUUCAAGCUCAGCUCCUACAGCGAUAAGGAGGUUCUGCUGGACGCCGUGCAGCGCAUCACCUACAAGGGAGGAAACACCAAGACAGGUCGCGCCAUUAAGCAUGUGAAGGAGGCCAUCUUUGCUGAGGACGCGGGCGUAAGGAGAGGCAUUCCUAAAGUGCUGGUGGUGCUCACGGAUGGGCGAUCUCAAGAUGAUGUCAACAAGAUCUCGAAGGAGAUGCAGAUGGAGGGCUACAUCAUCUUUGCCAUUGGCUUCGCUGAUGCUGACUACGGGGAGCUGGUGAACAUUGCCAGCAAACCAAGCGAGAGACAUGUGUUCUUUGUGGACGAUCUGGAUGCCUUCAAGAAAAUUGAAGAACAGCUCAUAACUUUUGUUUGUGAGGCUGCGACUGCCACUUGCCCCUCGAUGUUAAUGAGCGGGAACACUUUAGCUGGCUUCCGUAUGAUGGAGAUGUUUGGUUUGGUGGAGAAGCACUACAGCAGUGUGCAAGGUGUCUCAAUGGAGCCUGGGACUUUCAACAGCUACCCCUGCUAUCGGUUGCACAAGGACGCGCUCGUCUCUCAGCCUACCAGGUAUCUACAUCCCGAAGGCCUUCCCUCUGACUACACUAUAUCAAUGCUUUUCCGCAUACUGCCUGAAACUCCUCAGGAACCUUUUGCAUUGUGGGAAAUCCUUGACAAAAACAAUGAGCCACUUGUGGGCAUUAUCCUGGAUAACGGAGGGAAAACAUUAACCUUUUUCAAUUACGACUACAAGGGAGAAUUUCAAACGGUGACUUUCGAAGGAAGUGAAAUUAAGAAGAUUUUCUAUGGCAGUUUCCAUAAGCUUCAUGUGGCCAUCAGCAAAACUGCUGCUAAAAUUGUGAUUGACUGCAAAACGGUGGGAGAGAAAUCCAUCAACGCCGCAGGGAACAUCACCAUGGAUGGAGUGGAGGUUCUGGGACGCAUGGUCCGCUCACGUGGAAGGAGAGAUAACUCAGCGCCGUUUCAGCUCCAGAUGUUUGACAUAGUCUGCAGCACAUCAUGGGCCAGUCGGGACAAGUGCUGUGAGCUCCCAGGCUUGAGAGUCGAAGAAGACUGUCCUGCCAUGCCCCAUGCCUGCACCUGUGCUCAGGACAGCAAAGGACCACCCGGACCCUCAGGACCACCGGGCGGUCCUGGUAUCAGAGGUUCAAGAGGAGAUCGGGGGGAGCCAGGCUUGACGGAGACUGCAGGGCAUUCACACUUUGUUUCAGCAGCCCGGCUGGUGGGGCCUCAAGGGCCACCUGGUGAGAUCGGACCUCCAGGACCGCAGGGGCCACCGGGUCCUCAGGGGCCGAAUGGAAUGUCCAUUCAGGGGCCACCGGGGGCUCCGGGUGAAAAAGGAGAGAAGGGUGAAAUAGGUGUGCCGGGUCCUCAGGGUGUACCAGGUGCCAGUGGAGGACCAGGCCGAGAUGGACCUCCAGGACAGAGAGGCCUACUGGGUAAGGAUGGACCCCAGGGAAGACCGGGCCCUCCAGGACCAAUGGGAAGCCCCGGAGCUCCUGGGGCUCCAGGACCGAGUGGAUCUCCAGGGCAAAUGGGUGAUCAGGGGACAGCUGGGCCUCCCGGCGCCAAAGGCGAACGAGGAGAGCGAGGUACUAUGCAGUCUCAGGCCGCUGUCCGUGCCAUAGCGCGACAAGUUUGUGAACAGCUAAUUCAGAGUCACUUGUCUCGCUACAACUCUGUUCUGAACCAGAUUCCCAGUCAGUCUGUUUCGGUACGAACAGUACCAGGUCCACCGGGUGAGCCUGGUCGACUGGGACCUCCGGGGCCCCAGGGAGAACAGGGACCUCCUGGCAGACCAGGAUUCCCUGGAGCCAGUGGGCAGAAUGGCCGUCCAGGAGAGAGAGGUCUCCCAGGAGAAAGGGGAGAGAAGGGCAGUCCAGGGAUUGGGACACAAGGCCCUCGUGGUCCUCCAGGGCCCCCAGGGCCUCCUGGAGAAGGUCGGACAGGAAGUCAGGGCCCUCCAGGGAGACCUGGAAUUCAAGGCACCUCAGGACGUCCAGGUAUCCCUGGUAGCCCUGGUCCUGCUGGACCCCCCGGCUACUGCGACCAGAACUCCUGCAUCGGAUACAACGUUGGAGGUCCAGCGCAGUAUGAGAAUGACUACUGAGAACCAGUAGAGAGCCACCUGCUCUUCUCCUCUCUCCCCUCCAUUUCUUCAUCCCACCUCCUUCCAUGGACCAAAACCAAAGACUGUGUCUGGGGAGGGUCUUUUCCACACAUUCCCAAACUCGAUAAUCCAUGUACUUGGUUCCUCAACUCUCAAAAUGUCACCACCAUUGGAGCCCCAUGCCUUUUUAACCCUUCUGUGCAUACCUCAGUUUUAGACAAACUAAAGUGUUUUCAACCUUUUCUGGCAUUAAUGUUGAGAAAUUUUAAACCCACACUCUUAAAGGGGUCAUCGAAUGCUACAUGCACUUUUACAGUGUGUGUACACAACCACCAUAUAAUGAAGAAAAAAUCCACCCAAUGUUUUUUUUUAAUCUUAUAAAAUAUUUGCCCCUCUCUCAAAUUGAGGCGAUCUCAGAUGCCUGUCUUUGUGACAUCACACAGACAGGCCCCUCCCAUGAUAGUUUGAUUGACAGUAGUGUUUCAGCACAGACUGGACUGGACCAAAGUAAGCAGUCUCUCUGAGGGUGGCUAAGGUGUGAGGGGCGGGGUCAGCAGAGCUCAUUAACAUUUAAAAGAAAAUGCUACAAAAUGGCUUGCUCUGAAUAGAGCUGUUUAUAAAGGGUAAAAAAGUGUUGUUUUACACUGCUAUUGAGAAAUUUUAACCAAACUAUGUUACAGACUUUUCAUUACGACACUUAAGAAUCAUAUCAACUUGUGGAAAAUGGGCAUCUGAUGACCC